AAUUAUAUAUCCCAGGGAAUUAAGUUACCACAAGUCUUAACUAAGGUAAGAGCAAGGUACUUUCAUGCAAACAACGACGAUUUAACUUCUAUUAGGAAAAGUGUGCGGUUUUUUCCUUUACGAUCGAUACUUUCAAUCAGGAAGAAAAUACGCAAUUAAAGCUGCCGGCGUAUCCUGUACUUCGAAUUAAUUCAUUCCGUGCGAGUGGAUCUUUUCUUUGAAGAAGAAAACGACAUGACGAGAUUUCAUUUUAUUUUUAAUACACGUUCGUACAAGCGUUUACGAACGAAUAAGCGUACGUGUGUACUUGUAAAAUCUUUGAAAGAAUUAUAUAAAAAGUUAAAGGGUUAUUACUUCGCAAUUAAUCUCGGAACAUUUAUGGAGAAUGAUCGUUUUCAUUUAUAGUAUAUUAAUCGAUAGAAAUGUGCAAUGUUCCUUAUCCAUUUCAUUAUUCAUACGUACAUAUAUAUAUACACCUAUAUAUAUAUAUUUUCUGUUUAUGUAUGUUUAUUUUCAAAUAUUUAUUGACGAUGAUUAAACUGAUCUUUCUUUUCAUAUCGUUUUGCAAGUAUCGCGUAUUACGAUUUGAAAAUUUCUUAAUUGUGCCGCAUAAACUAAAAAGGAAAAGGAAUUCGUUUGAUCGAUCGACUAAACGUGUUGCCGUUAGCAACGAUAAAGAUUUCAGGCUUUUAUAUGUUCCAAGUUCGUUUGCUUUUCUUCCCACUUAUUCGUACCUUUAGUAUCCAUCGAACUCGGUAGUACAUUUGCAUCGUUAAGUAAAUGAAUUUAACGCGGAUUUUCUCCAAAGAAGAGAUGUAGUAAUACCUCGGAGAAAUACUGUGAGAUUAUUUCUUUAAACGAAGAAGAAGAAGAAGAAAGAACAAAAGAGGAAACAAAAGAAAAAAGAAAACGUAAGAACUUUUGCCUCGACUAAGAAUUGAUUUGUUAACAAUUAAGAACAAACCUUUUUAAUCUCUAAUUAAAAGCCAAACAGAGAUAUCUCCAUGAAAAUUGAAUUCAAAUCGAACAAUUAUAUUUAAAGUAAACGAUUUUAUAAAAAGAGAAAAAAAGGAGGAAGACGAAAAAUGGUCAUGGUAGUCGAAAUAAUCGAUGAUACUCCGAAAGAAAAAUUGUUCCUCGGAGGUUGGAGGAAUAUUAUUACAGGAAUAUCAUAUUAUAAUGCUUUUACGCAAACAUCUGUAGACGGUAAGGACGUUCAAAAUAAGUGCAACUGUUUCGUACAAACAGUAAAUCCAGUAAAUGUAUCUACGUGUACGUAUCGCGAUAAGUCUAUUCGAACGAGCUACGUGCCUGACUUACAAGACAGAUUUAUUCGAGUCCGUGGUAUUUUUAACACGGCCACGAAACUAAUAGGAUCGACGAAUUUAUCGAAGGAAGCUAGUGCAAUCAAGAUACAGAGAUUUUACAGAGCUUAUCGUGCAAGAUACGCUACUCCUGGUUCCUCUCAAAAUUUCAUUCAAGAAAGAAACGAUUUUGGAGAAGACUCAAGGCGUCCACUCGAGAGGAUAGAUCUUGAGAGGUUAGAUGGUCUGCAGCCGGAAACGAAAUCCGAUUUCGAUCGGCUCUACAACGCUUUGGACCAAUGGCGUAUUUUGGAGAUCGAACGAGUGACCGGUAAGCUUUUCCACCCGUCGAAGAUCGCCGUUUGUAGUCUCAUCCUAUCGAGAGAAGUAGAACUCCUUCGUAAGAUAGACGCGAUGAAGAGUGCGGCGAAGCUGAAGUUGAAGGAACGACGUAGACGCAACUUCCUCGAGGAGCUUUCGAAACCUGUCCUUUGGAGGAUUAAUCAAGGAGAAUCGAUCUUGGUAGACACGCCGAUCGUUCAAAGGUCUCAACGAUUUCGUAAUCUCUACGACAUGGUUAGCAAGAAAAACGAUUUUACGAGUUUGAAGCGUAUGGAGUUAUUGAUCGAAAUUAAAAAAGAGGCCGAGCCGCAUACCUGCGUUUAUUCCGACGAAUUGAUUUAUCUUAUAAAUCAAGAGAUCGAUCUUUUAUCUCUUAAAAUCGAUGUGUCCAAAUUGAAUUGUCUAAGAGAUCGCAUUACAAUAGCUUUUUUAUUAUUUGCAAAUAAUUUCUUAAAGAGUCAUCAACGAGGUAUUAUCAACGGAGAUACAGAUCGUACUAUAAAAAGAUUUUGCAAAUCCUGCGGCAGAAUUUUAUCGUCGGCAAAAUAUCGUCGUCGUCAUAGAUUUAGAAAUUUCUCGUCGUGCGUUUACUGCAUCGGUUUACGUCCUGGUAGGACUCCAAGGAUCGUCUACGAGCCGUAUCGACGAAUGCUGAGAGAGGUCAGGCGUCUAGAGACGAGUAACCGUUGUCACUCGGGCUUUGCUUUCGUUAUAUCUCCCAAGGUCGUUUAUCGUCUGGUGAACGGCAUCUGGCACGGAAAAUCCGCUAUUUCCGAGUGCGACCAGCUCGAUCGAUUGUGUCUCCUACGUUUUCGUAAUGACGUAGAAUGGUCACCCUGGAAUACUUUACUGUUGACCAAAGAGGAAGCUCUCAAACAUCGGACGAUAAGAAAUCUUCAAGAUUUUUACGACGGUGAACUUCUCCGAAAGUUUCAUAUGAAAAAUUUGCAAGCUAAACUUUCUUUUCGAUAUUUAUUCGAAACGAAAAAAAAUAUCGACUUUUGAUUUACCAUUGUCCGUAAUUGGUAACAUAAAUAUAUAUAUAUAUAUAUAUAUAUAUAUAUAUAUAUAUGAUACAAAAUGUAAAUUUGAUCUGACACUUUUUGCGCGCGAACAUACGAUACGACGCGUUAAAAAAAGAUAACGCAAUUUUACUUUGCCUUUUAUGAUAUGGAUGAUGAUGAUAGGUAAAUAUAAAUAUAAAAAUUAAUCAAAAGAAAAAAAGGAAAGAGAGGAAAAAUGAAAUGGACGAUAUGAAAUGUAAGUUUGACUUAAAUUUUUCUCGUGCGAACGUACGAUUAAAAAAAAGGAGAAAAAGCAGAAGUAGAAGAAAAAGAAAAAGAAGAAGAAGAAAAAGAAGAAGAAGUGGAAGAAGAAGACGAAGAGGAAGGACGCAGAACACGAAUUAAAGUCUAAAAGUUAUCGUUGUUCUGCUUCUUUCGUCGAGCCUGUCUUCGUGCUUUCGUGAAAAGCUUUUGGUCGCGUUGAUAGCGCGAGUUAAUCGCGUUGCAGUUUAUAAACUAAGUUUCCGUCUAAGACAGAAGGUACUCGUGAAUGCGUCCAACGUUUUAAAUGGCAUUCUCAUAACUACUUCAAGGACGAACGACGUCCUUCCUUCCUUCCUUCCUUCCUUCUUUCCUUCUUUCUCUUUCUUUCUGUUUUUUUUUUUUAUAUUUUUUUUCUACAUUUCAAUGCCAAAGACGAUGAUAAAACGACGAUAAAAUGUUUCAACUUUUCUUUGGACCGUCGAACGAAUUUGGAACAAAAAAGAUUUACGAGCAAGAGAUCCCUUAUUAUUUAUCCAUCCCUUAGAAAUCAUAAAUAACAAGGUCAAACUAAAUAGGUGAAUGCAUAUAUCCAAAAGUAUAAAAUAUUCUUUUAUAAAUGGUCCUAAAGUUUAAUGUAAACAAAAAAUAUGUAUAUAUAUAUAUUUUGGGGGUGAAGUAUCGUUUCCUUUCUUUUUUUUUUGGGGGGUGGGAGAGGUGAGGGCAGAAGUAUGUUAAACCGGAGACGGCUCCUAUCGUCGGCUAUUCAGACGAUGGAAUAUUCAACCGGCAUCGAGAACAACGAGAGCUUAACAUGUCCCGAAGAGUUUUCGCUCAGAACGACGAAGAGAAGAGAACGUUUCAACGGAACGUUUCCCAGGGGUGUCAUUUUGAACGAGAAAGUCUCUCUUUUCGAAUACGGUACAACGAGUCGAUUCUGUCGUCUCGGACAUACAUAUCAGACUAGCACGACUUUAAAAAGAGAUCAGAGAAAACUUUUCGACAGAUUGUAUUUCUAUUUCUUUUCGUAUUUUAUUUUCUUCUCUUUGUAUUUUUUUGUUUGAUUUUUUCUCUUCCUUACGAUUAAAUUCCAAUAAUUAUGCAUUUAAUUUAUUUUCUUUUACGACGUACAAUUGCGCUCGCAUAUGUGAAGUUGAAAAAAGUCGUCAGUCGUCUUUCUUUUCUUUUUUUUUUCUUUUUGAUGUACUAAGUAUAAAGGAAAAGAAGGACGGAAGGAAGGAAAAUGUAAGAAAGGAAAAAGAUUAUAAAAGAAAAGGGAAAGAAUGUGUGGUCGGAUAUAUUACUACGGUCGCAAGAAGGACUCUUGAUCUACGAGGAGUCGUUUGCCGUUGAGAAAGAAUCGAGGAAGGGGUUGAAUCGAGAUGGUGGUGGUGAGUUGAGUGGAGAUGCUCCAGAAUAUCUUAAUUUUCAGCAACAUUACUUUUCCCUUUUUUCUUACGAUUUGUAACACCUUACGAAGGACCUUAAACCUUCCCAGCCGAAUUUUGAUAUCUAUCUACGUUUUUCUCAUUGUCCAACAAUCCCUUCUCUCAUUGUCCUCGAUAAUAAUCCUCGCAUUUUUCUUACGACACGAAACGGACGAGACCCGAAACGACUUCCUCUUACAUUUGGAUACAUUUGUUUGGUACUUUGUCGAACGUAAUUGGAAUCAAUAAAAGUUUUCAUGAUUUUCAUGAGCGUAUAAACGUCUGUAUGAUACAUAUUUA